AUGAGAAUUCUUGCUUGCGCUGUUAUUUCUCUAGAUACACUAAAUCUCAUGCAUUUAUUAUAUUUUGAGAGGUGGUAUACUGUUGUUCUUCUAAUUGGCGCUGUGUCAGCUGCUAAUAUACCUGAAAAAUGUACUAAAGAAUUUGUUGAUCCUGGUCUGUCAACACAUUUCAAUAAAACAACUGCACAUUCAAUUCAUUCAAUGAUUCAAGGGUUACGUCUAUUUAAUCCACAUGCAACAGCUAAAAACCAAAUACACACCGUGAAUCAUAAUUUACAUGGACAUGGACAUAGUUGA